AUGCUCCGUCCCAUCUUCACCCUCCUCGCCCUCGCCCUCGCGGUGCUUGUGGCCGCCAACGACCUCAAGAUCGAUGUCACCUACAAGCCCGACUCGUGCGGCCUCAAGUCGCGCAAGGGCGACAAGAUGAGCAUGCACUACACUGGCACUCUUGAUGACGGAUCCAAGUUUGACUCGUCGCGUGACCGCAACCGUCCCUUCGAGUUCACUCUCGGUGCCGGCCAGGUGAUCAAGGGCUGGGACCAGGGCCUCCUUGACAUGUGCAUCGGCGAGAAGCGUGUCUUGACCAUCCCCGCUGACAUGGGCUACGGCAAGCGCGGCCACCCGCCGGUCAUCCCCGCCGAGGCCACCCUCACCUUUGACGUCGAGCUCCUCGGCAUCAAGAACCGCAAGGUGGAGCUCUAA